UUCCCUGCCCUCAGUCAGGCUGCAGCCCGCUUCUUCAGGGUCCAGUCCCUCGGAUCCAUCGCCGCUUCUAGACCCUACUGUGGUCUCGGAUAUUGCUGGGAAAAUGUAUGGUGAAUUUUCGUUGGCAGAUGCACUUCCUGAACACUCCCCUGCCAAAACCUUUGCUGUGAGCAAUACAAAACCUGGCCAACCUCCUCAAGGCUGGCCAGGCUCCAGCCCUUGGAAUAAUCUGAGUGCUCCACCUUCGGUGCCAUCUGGACUCCCACCAAGUGCAACACCCUCCACUGUGCCUUUUGGACCAGCACCAACAGGAAUGUAUCCUUCCAUGCCUCCCACCGGACCACCUCCAGGACACCCAGCACUCUUUCUUCCUUCGGGACCAUCAUGUCCCCCACCCGGUGGUCCUUAUCCAACCCCAACAGUGCCAGGCCCUGGCUCCCCAGGGCCAUAUCCUACACCAAAUAUGCCCUUUCCAGAGCUAUCCAGACCAUAUGGUGUGCCCACAGAUCCAGCUGCAGCUGGUCCUUUAGGUCCAUGGGGAUCCAUGUCCUCUGGACCUUGGGCGCCAGGAAUGGGAGGGCAGUAUCCUACCCCUAAUAUGCCAUAUCCAUCUGUAGGGCCAUAUCCCACUCCUCCUCCUCCCCAAGCCCCUGGGCCAGCACCACCUGUUCCACAGGACACCGUUCCACCAGGAGCCUGGGGACCAGCAGCACCAUAUCCUGCCCCUACAGGAUCCUAUCCCACAGGACUCUAUCCUACUCCCAGUGAUCCUUUCCAAGUGCCUUCAGGACCUUCUGGUGCUCCACCGAUGCCUGGUGGUCCCCACUCUUACCAUUAAGUUAACAAUGGAUGAAGAGAUGACGCUUUGCUUUUUGAAGUACACGUAUAUGCACAUGAAUGCAUAUAUAAAAAUUGCCGGUUUCACUAUUAGAGGGCAUUCAUGAAAGAACAACUCUUGCACCUCUCGGAGAGGAUAACUGCCUCUUGUACUUGGAUGUGUAGUACAUCAUAUGUAUACAAUCAUAUAAAAGCAUAGAAGUAAAUCAUUCAGAUGUGAUUUUUAUUUGGUUUUCAUGGAAAGUUAUGGUGAUAAAGUAUAUUGAAUAGCUUUUUGACAGAAUUUGUUUAAACUAUGAAACUACACACUUAAAAAUCUAAGAUGUGGAUUAUUGCUAGAAUCUGCGACUUCAUUGACAAAUUAUUUCAAGUAUUUUUCUAUAAUCACUUUCCCCUUCUAGAUAAAUAAACUUUGAGAAUAACCCAUCAUAAUCCAAACAAAUAAUACCUCAACAUUUUGAGCUGUUCUGUCUGACAAAAAAACCUGGUCCUUUUGAGGUUAUAUUUUGGAUAUACAUUUUUAAACUGUCAGUAAUUAUUGUCAGAUGUGGAGUUCAAUAGCCAGCCAGUGUUCAUUUUUAUCCUUGAGCUUUCAGUAAAAACUUCCUGGUUUUAUUUUAGUCAUUGGGUCAUACAGCACUAAAGUCUGCUAUUUAUGGAAACUAACUUUUUUUGUUUUUAAUCCAGGCCAACAUGUAUGUAAAUUAAAUUUUUAGAUAAUUGGUUAUCUCUUUGUACUACCUGAGAUUUGAUUAUGAGAUGUGCAUAUUGCUUUGGGAAGAGCUCGAGGAAGGAAAUAAUUCUCUCCUUUGUUUUGAACCUCAAACUAGAUAAACCCUAGGCAUUGCUUACUUACAACAGGUAAUUUUCAUUCCCACAAAAACCUGAGGCAGCUCUUCUGCCCAGAGCAUUCCCUAUAGCCACCCCUACCCCACUUGCCCUUGGUUCUUUAGAAGAAGCACAUUCCUUGAUUCCUCCCUGAUGUGGUAAACUGGCACACUCUAGGGGUCUAAAACAUAAGACAGUUGUGUUUAGAGAACCUUAAGUCAUGCAGACAUGACUGUUCUCUUUGUACAAGUGUGAACCAAAAUAUGUAUCUGUUUUUCAGAGUCUGGUUAAGCUAUGUUAUUGUCUACUGCAUAGUUUCCUGAGUCUGUUUGUAAAGUGCUUAUGGCUAACAGUUCAGUUCUGUUAUUUGUUGACAGGUAAAUAAGUGGAGUUGAGUGCCAUCUUUGAAAAAAUUACCCUCUAGCUCUAACAAUGAAAAUAAUAAUAAAUUGUAGAUCUCUGCAACUAA